GAGUUUCAGCGACGCCGAGCAGUCUACAGCCCACUUGAUGACGUACCACGUUGUAUCCGAGGGAGUCAGCAGCAAGAAGAAGCUGCUCGCCGAAUCGCCGGGCGACGAGCCGCUCGACAAGCCACGGCUCGACUAUGUGCUGGAGGACACCGUGAUCCAGAUCUACAGACAAGAGCUCUACGGACAGAUGCCCCUGCGGUGA